UCCGUUUUUGCCGCCCACGCAAAUGUCGCAUACACGUGUAACCACCGCUUAUGGAACACGGCCGUCGCACGAUUUCCAUACAAAUUCCAUUUCGCUUAAGCAACGCUCGAAAUCCGCAAAUCCACCGCAAUUAAGACCAUUUAGCGGUAUACAGGGUUCGCGACCCCGUUAUGUGCCGCCGUUUUCGAUACAAUCGCAGCAAAAGAACACGGUCGUUAUUAACGGUCCCAUUCAUGAGGCAGCCGUAACGGCAAGUGCGCGCGGCAGGGCGCCGAAUCCAAAAAGCUUGAAGAAGCAACAGAAAUCCAUUUCAACAUGCAAUUUGGGUGCUAGUUUCAACGCCUGUACGGCUGCUAAAAAUCCGGGGCGUGGCACAUUGUUUCGCAUGUAUUUUGAUCGCGGAGAUUUGCCUAUAAAAAUGGAGUAUCUGUGCGGUGGCGAUAAGAUUGGAUGGACGGUGGACAUUGACAAGUUGGACUACAGCCUCUAUUUGCCGCUGUUCUUCGAUGGAUUGGCUGAACCGAAACAUCCCUAUAAGACCUACGCCCGACAGGGUGUAAGUGAUUUGCUUCUCGCUGGAGGUGAAAAAAUCCAUCCCGUAGUGCCUCAAUUAAUUUUACCAUUAAAGAACGCAUUGAGCACUAGAAAUUUGGAGGUAAUGUGCACGACCUUGAAAAUUAUACAACAACUGGUAAUGGCCUCGGAUAUGGUUGGACCUGCUCUAGUGCCCUUCUAUAGACAACUGCUGCCCAUGUUCAAUGCGUUCAAGGUGAAAAACUUAAACUGCGGCGAUGAGAUUGACUAUGCACAGAAGAACAAUCUCAAUCUGGGCGAUCUGAUUGAUGAGACAUUGCAGGUGCUGGAGCUGCACGGCGGCGAGGAUGCCUUUAUCAAUAUCAAGUACAUGGUACCAACCUAUGAAUCCUGCUAUUUAAACUGAGCAAUGUCCUGCGAAAAAAGCUUUUCUUACACGUUUUAUGCUUCGUAUAAUUUAUUUAUAACAUAUCAAGAGUAUUUAUUGAAUUUUACAUAGAUGCGAAUGAUUUAACCUUA